CUCCUCGCUUCUUCAGUUUUCUGUAUAAACCAGCCUAUUUAUCAUCAUCAUGGCCGCCGGAGUACAAAUUUAAACAACUGUCUUUUCCUCCCUGUCGUCUCGAUGGGGAAUCUUGUGUGAGGGAAACAAAUAUUUGCCCCCACACUUAUUUGGAUUUCCUCUUUGGAAUUACAAUACAUCUCAUAAAGGGAAAUACCAUUCAUGUCAAUACUCCAACAUGCAGCCACCGCCGAGGAAGGUCAAAGUGACCCAGGAGCUGAAAAAUACACACACAGAGCAGAUGACAAGACUGCACUUUAAACACCAGACUGAAUGUGACCUGCUGGAAGACAUGAGGAGCUACAGUCUGAAGAAGGGACAGCUGGAGAGGGACUACGCACAGGCUCUGCAGAAGUUAGCAAGCCAGUACCUCAAGAGAGACUGGCCUGGAAUCAACCCUGAUGACCAGAGAACAGACUACAGGAAUGUGUAUGCAGUGUGGAGGUCCUACUUAGAAGGUACAGUGCAGGUGAGCCAGUCCAGGCUCAACGUGUGCGACAACUACAAAAGUCAAGUAUCAGAGCCGUCUAAGACGGUUCGACUCUACAAGGAACAGCAACUGAAAAAGACCAUAGAUCAGUUGAGCGGUAUUCAAACAGAGCUGCAGGAGUCGGUGAAAGAGUUGGCCAAAGCCAAGAAAAAAUACUACGACUGUGAGCAGGUCGCCCACGCUGUACGAGAGAAGGCAGACAUAGAGGCCAAGUCUAAAUUAGGACUUUUCCAAUCAAGAAUUAGUUUACAGAAAGCAAGUGUAAAGUUGAAAGCCAAGAGAAGUGACUGUAACUCAAAGGCAACACAGGCCAGGAACGACUACCUACUAACGCUAGCUGCUGCCAAUGCUCACCACGACCGGUACUACCACACAGAUCUACUGCACUGCAUACAGGCUCUGGAUGGCAGGAUCUAUGAGCAUGUGAAAGACUACUUGGUAUCACUGUGUCGGACAGAGCUAGAGGCCUACCAAGCCACACACAACACCUACCAGUUCCUGUUGGACAAAUCCACCAGGAUAAUACAAGAGUUCAACCAGCAGUUGUUCAUGCAGGAGAACCCAGUGUUUCACAAAGCACACGACUUCCAGUUCCAGCCCAGUGAAUGUGACACGACUCUGAGUUCGGUGCAGCAGUUGGUGGACAUUGAGCCGUCGCCCGUCAGUGCCAUGAGAAUGACCCUGGCACAGAGUCGUCAGCUGGAGUCAGAGACGGGGACGACAGAGGAGCACAGCCUGAACAAGGAGGCCAGGAAAUGGGCAACCAGAGUGGCACGAGAACACAAGAAUAUCAUUCAUUACAAGAGAUGUUUGGAGGAGUGUGAGAGCCACGGCCUGCCCCCCACAGAGCAGGGCAGGCUGGAUCUGGAGCUGAAGAUAGAAGACACCAAAGAAAGCAUGCGGAAAGCUGAGACAAUAAAGCUAAAAGCUGAGGCUCGCUUGGACCUUCUGCGCCAGGUGGGGGUUGCUGUGGAUACCUGGCUUAAGAGCGCCAUGAACCAGGUGAUGGAGGAGUUGGAGAAUGAACGUUGGGCCAGCUACACCUCCCACGAUCCCUCACUGUCGGGCACAGUGGACCUGGAGCGUGAGGAAGGCGAGGAGUGUGAAGAGAACAUGGAGGUUUUUGACGACAGCAGCUCCAGUCCUUCGGGAACCCUUCGGAACUACCCGCUGACCUGCAAAGUGCUCUACUCGUACAAGGCCUCUCAGCCAGAUGAGUUAACCAUCGAUGAGAAAGAGAUGUUGGAGGUCAUUGAAGAUGGAGACAUGGAGGACUGGGUCAAGGCCCGCAAUAAGACCGGUCAAGUGGGCUACGUCCCAGAGAAAUACCUGCAGUUCCCGACCUCCAACAGUCUGCUGAGCAUGCUCCAGUCUCUGGCCACACUCGAUGCUCGAUCACACACCUCGUCCAAUUCCACCGAACCGGAGCUGCACUCCAACUGCGUCAAUGGAGACACUAACACGAUGUAUGUCCGGGCACUUUACGAUUACGAGGGCCAGGCGGACGAGGAGCUCUCCUUUGCGGAGGGAGCGGUAAUCCGUCUGCUGAAUCGUGACACUCAGACGGACGACGGCUUCUGGGAGGGGGAGCUCAACGGACGGGUGGGCGUCUUCCCCUCCGUGCUGGUGGAGGAUUUCACGGAGAACGGGGAGACCAGUGGAGGAGUGGCAGGUGACAUACAGAUUUCGCCUUCCCUGAAGUGGCCAUCAUCGCUGCCACCUCUUCCACUGUACGACCAACCUCCCAUCAGCCCUUUCACCAGCCCAGAGACCUCCACACCGCCUCCUCUCCCACGCUCUCCCUCUGCUGCACUCAACGGGGAACACAAACCUCCACCGCCUGCCUCGUCACACAAGGGAUCACUAUCCACCCACAAUCAAAGCUCUGGCAGGAGUCCAGUGUCUCCAGGAUUUCCUCAGCCUCUGAGAUUCACCCCUGAAGGAGGCCUGAGCAAACUACGACCUGUGCGAGCUGCUCCUCCUCCACCCAAACAACACUCCCGCCGACAGCAGGAGAAGAGCGACAAAACAGAGGAGGUGGAGAUCACACUGGUGUGACAAACAGCCGAGCUGGCAGGCGAUUAUAGAGAUAUAAAAAAUAAAAACAGAUGACAGACAUAUGUAUACCUACAGGCUGGGGAACUGAACUGCUCUGAACUGAAGUCAGCCAAAAUAAAGUGAUGUGAAGUCAACUGAACUGAACCACGUCCUCCGCCCACGGCCUCUCUGCGUCUCCUCUCAUCCUCAAGUUGAGGAAGAGAGCAGCGACGGAGGGAGAACAAGAGUAUCCAAUCAAAUUAUCUCCGUAUUAGCUUCUUAAUGAAGUGCAGCAGUAGCUGCCCCCAAAUCCCGCCCUGCCCUCUCCCCUCCUCCCAUUCUUGCCUUAAAACUUCACCUCAUCGGGCGGCGAGCCCGAGCACACUGAAGAGGAAGUAGAAUGUUAUGUGAGGGGUUGUGUGAAGGAAAGUUCUUGAUAGGUCUGGCAAGUUUUCUUUUAUCCUCUUUAGCUUACUUCCAGGUGACUUUAAUGCUGUUUUUUGUAUUUACAGGAGGAAUAUUUAGCUGUGUUUGAGAAAUUACACUUUUUCACUCACUUACUAACAAAUAAUAAGAACACAUGAGGAGCAUUAUGGAGACUUGGAACUUACUAAAUGUAGGUGAUUAAUACAAGGCAAGUCAGACAUAUAAGAUCGACUUUGUGACUUUUGGAGAAAUGGGAAGGAUUGUCUGGAUAACAAGCUUGACUUCAAACAUUGAUAGUUAAACACCCCGAGAGUCAGACUUACCAGCUGGUUACUGAGCAAAGGCUAAGUGUCUUCAGAAUCAUAAACAAGCAUGUGCUUGUUAAAUUUAAUCCUCCAGAUACUCUACCACAGACGUCUGUGACAUGACUGAAGUAUUCAAAGACUUCCAGUUAAUAAACUCUUAUAAAAGUCGCUAAAGCAUUUUAGCUGGUAGGCUAACAAAGCUAGGCAGCUAGCUAAAUACUUUAGCCUGGCAAGUAGCUUCCUGGCUAAAAGGCUUAGGAUACUCUUACAAGAGUUUACCCUGAAGCUACAGCAUAAUGCCCUACUGUAUGUUGGAGGUGAAAGUCUGUUUUACCUUAUGCCAAAACUUCAGCCUGGUUGAUUACAAAAGAGGUUUGUUCUCAUCGUGUUUGGCCACAAAUGUUUGUUAGCUAGCUAGCUAGUUAUGAGUCCUUAUUAAGGAUAUUGGAAAAUGUUGGACAAUUGGAGUAAAGAUAAAUUAUUCAAAUUUGCGCCAAGCCGCAAGGACAGGAAAAUAAAAAUGUCGUAGUAACAAUAUAACUUAUUUUUUGAUUUACAUUGAGUAAAAAGUAAGCUAAAUGAGAGUAGAAAAAGUACAAAACUUGCCAAACGUGUCAUUUUUAGAGUGCAGCUGGGGUUUUGUAAAUGGACAGAGAAACUGGGUUGUGUGUGGACGCAGAGCCCCCUCUCCCCUGGCCAGCCCUACCCUCACCAUAUAUAGUCCUUCUCAUCAUACGUAUUCAAUGUGUAUUAGUACAGUACAUUACUGUUGUCAUAGGAAUGUUAUGCACAGCGUUUCAUAUAGACUAACUCUGCUGAAUGGAAAAACCAUCUCUGAUAUGUAGUGGUGAUUCUGAAAGGGCAUUGUAUAUACAGUAUGAAGGCGAGAUGAAAGAGGAGAGGGAAGAAGAGAGCGAACGGACGAGAGAGAAGACGGAGGCUGGAUCCUCCCUUCUGCUCGUUUCUUCUUCAAAAAUCUCUUUCCAUCCUUCCUUUCUUUGUCUCCCUCUUUUCUCUAAUGUCUCUUCUUUCCGCUGGCAGUCGGUGUGAAUCGGUGGCAAUCAUAUACACACAUACAGCAACAUUAUAUUACGCACACACACGUCGCUAUAACUGUCAUUCUGUGGCCCUCUGUGCGCUUGUAUCACUGAUUGAUUCAAGAGGAGGCUCCUGGUGCUUUCCAAGGCACUGAAACUGUUGGUAUUCACUAUGUGGUGACGAAGAAAGGAUUUAUUUGAGAUGAUAUGGACACUGAUAAUAUAAGCUGCAGAAGGUUUUAUUAAUCGCAGAGUGAACUGUAAAGCGUGUAUCCCUAUGGAUCAUAUCUCUUUUCACACUGAUUUUGUGCACAUAUAUCCAUCGGAGCCUAAAUGCAAUACAUCUGAAGGUUUUUUUAUUUUAACUUUUUGUUGUUCUGCCAUGCAACUCCAUCAAAUCACUGCUUCUCUGCUGUAUUAGAAACUAACUAUGGGAGUUUGUAUUACAGAAGAGAUAGCAUCUACACAUUUAAAAUGCCCAAUUAAGUGUGAUCUUUUUGUUUUUACGUGUCUCACAUUUCAACUUCAGCUUUCAGUGGAAGAAAGAAAAAGUAAACAAAAGAGAGAAGUAUGCAUCAUGCUCAAUGGACAGAAAUAGCAAACGACAUUCAAAUGAAGCUACGUACAAUUCUAUUAUGUUUUUUUUUAUUUUUUACUCAAAGUAAAUAAAUCUCCCCCUUAUAUACCCCUCAAGCCUUUAAAGCUCCUUUGCCUAAAGAGUCAGUGUAGCACUUUUAUUUAUUUGUACCCCUCCUUUCCUGGAAAGUAGCACUACCUUAACAUAGAAUCAGAAUGCAUAGAAGAGACUCAGACUCGGACUUGAUGACAGAAAUCAGGGUUAUUCUUUUCAUUCUGAUUCUGUGGUGGAUCCUUUUUUUUUAUUUCAGUGUGACUGAUGAGUUUCUGUUUUUAUUUUUAUUAUCUCUUUCAAAGAGAUUGAGAAAUGAGAGUGUCAUUUGGUGUUUUUUUUUCUACUUAUGAGAAACAAAGAAGCCCUGCUUAGGGAUGUUGUUGAAUGAAGACUUGGAGAGAAAGUGGUUUUAUAGUCUGGAUGUUCUAACUGAUUGGUGUUUGAUGCUGAAGAUGUAAAAAGGUGCCCCAUUCCCCCCCCCCCCCCCCCCCCCCCCCCCCUAUUUAUUAAACCAGGGUUUACUUUCUUAGAGCACUGAAUACUUUUUGAAAUAAAAUAAAAACACUCACAUUAUUUUCCCGAAAUGCAACAAGCGAGUGGAAAGCUGGCAACAAUGAAAACGAAUCCUGCUCUAGUGUGAGACAGCUCUGGAAAUUAAAACAUUAAACAUUUUGAGGAGGCUUAUUUAUAAGGCCGUUGUAUUGUUACCAGGCAUUGCAGUAUCAUAGCACAUUUCCUGUUGGAUUAAAAGGAUAAAGUUUAUUUUAUUCAUACGAUGUGCAAACACACAACAGAGUAUAAGGAUUGAUAUGAAGUGCUUACUUCAUGGUUUUAGUGUGUAGUAUAGAGAGAAAACUCUAAAAAUAAAUCCUGUGGGAAUAAGUAUCUGUUUCAGAUCCCGAACUCUACUCCUCUUGUGUUGCAGGAAAUGACAUCAGCUUGUCAAAGUGUCAUCAGGCCGACCUGAACAGAACAGCAGCCUCUACUUAAGCUAUUUGAGUUGACCGUUUACAGCAGAACGAGAGCGCUCUAUUAAACUAUCAGAUGUUAUAUUUAUGGAUUUUUCUUGCCACUUACCACAUGAUUAUUUCCCCUUCUUAACUGUCCUUUUCGACAACUACGGUCUAAACAUUUUUUGGUAUUGGCCUUUUGUUUUGGUUUCAUGUUUUAUAUCAUUUGAUUUCCCUUCCUUUGGAGCAGCUGCACAGCUGCCGGGAUUAACCAACAGGCCUUCUCUCUCUCUUUCUCUCUCUCUCCCUCUCUCUCUCUUUCUCUCUCUUUUCAUAGACUGUUGCCAUGUUGACAAUAAUGAGAACCGGUGCAAAGGUCUUUCAGCAUAUUAUUAUUGGCUGUACAAAAAAACAAAGUUUGUAUUUAUUGUGUACAAAUGUUAAUUAAUAAAAAAAUAUUGAAAACUUG